UUGGCGGGGGGUGAGCGGGCACCCCCGCCCUGAAAUGGAGCCGUCCGUUGCCAUGGAGCUGCCCGCUCCAAACCGCGCCGCCAGCGGACUCGGAGGAGCUUCUCCGCCCAGAUCCCGCGCUGCUCCGACCCGGAGGUGCCGCUGACAGCUGAUUUUGCCCCAGGAUGGAAGAAGAUGACAAGAAGCUUUUGGAUGACAAGCCGCUCAUGGAAGAUGACACAGAGGAGCUGGAGGACCCAGAGGUUGUGCUGGACUGUGUCCCCAGGGAGGCUGAGCAGAAGGCCGGCCUGGGAAGCUCCUGUCCAGGAAUAGAGCAGAGCAAGGACAAGCAGAAGCAGAGGUUGACUGCCCAGGAAAAAAUGCAAGCCUCCCUGCUGCGCAGGGACUUGAGCCAAGUGGACCAGCUGCAUGAAGAGAAAGACCUUUUCAUCCAGAAGACAAGGGGGGAGCUACGUGCCUGCCGCAGGAGGAUGGAACUCCUGGUCAAGCAGCAGGAGAGUGUAGCAGCCGAGAUGGCUGCAGAGAGGGCAGCCAACAACAUGGCAGCCAUGGGGCGCCUGGAGGCAGCGUCACAGCGCCUGUGCUCGGAGAUGAAGAAUGAGUGGGACCUGCAGGCGCGGAUGAUGGCGGUGCUACAGCAGAGCGAGAGUGCCCUGUGGCAGAUCGAGGUCCAGGAGGGGCAGCUAGAGGACGCCCGCAAGUCGGCCCAAGAGGAGGCUGCAGCCGCCAGGAGAGGCCUUCAGGAGCGGGCAGCCAAGCAGCUAGACCGGGAGAUGGGGGCCUCGGAGAAGGCAGAGCGGAACAGGCUGCUGCGGGCCCGGAAAUGCGUGCACCUGCAGAAGGAGCUUGGACUCCGGCAGCAGAAGCUGGUGGAGGAAGCCCAGAAGAACCACCGGAAGGCCCUGAAGUUCCUGAAGGCCUCGUUGGGGCGGAUCCGUGAGCAGGAGCAGAAGGAGGAGCUGGAGACCCGAGAGCACAUGCGCAGGCGCAUGGACGCGGUGCUGGCCCUGAAGAACAGUAUCUCUGCCAACCGGGAAACGCUCCGGAAAUUUCAAGCAUGGGGCCAAACCAAGAGAGAGCUGGAGGAACAGCAGGCCCAGGCUGAGAAGAAGGCGAUCCUGGCCCAAGGUGGGGACGCCUUCAAGCACCUGUGCCAUCAGCGCCGGCGCCAGGAGUUGGAGGCCCAGAACCGUGCCUUCGAGGAGGAGCAGAAGCGCAGGAAGCAGGAGAUUGUGAGUCGGCUCUUGAAGGAGGAGGCCGUGGAGGACCGGAGGAGGCCACGGCCUGAGCCCCCGAGACCCACAGGCCAGCGGAGCCUGAGGGACCAGACCUGGAGCUACGUGGCCACCGUCUGCGAUGGGCAGAGCACAGAGGCCCCGCCCUGCUGUCCCCUGGUGAGCACAGGACCAUGCCUGCCAGCCAAGAUCAGCACCACGGAGAGCGCCCUGGCCCCAGGACCUUUCCUCCUGGUGCUUGCGUCUGAUGCCCCACCCCCACCACCAGGGCCAUGGAUGGCAUCGAGGCUCCCUCCCAAGGCAGGCGUGUGGCAGCCUCCCCGACAAGGGUGCUGCUGGCUGGGCCCCCAGGCGUCAUUGCAUAUUGCCCCCCAGGGUCUCCACUCCUCUCAGUGCCCCUCUCCGCCCUGCCGUCCUGGGCGGCGCCCACACCUGCACCUCCUGCUGCCUCCUCGAUGUUGUCUCACACCUGCCCACCAGCCAGGUGCUCCUGCCCUUCUCUGCGGGGGGCCUUUCUCUCACCUGCAGCAACGUCAACCUCCACCCUCAUCCCUAUUCCAGCCUGAUGUCCCUGGACAGAGGCCAGGUCCAGCCCCAGAGCAGAUAAAGGAGAACAGGUCCAGAUUCUACCAGUCCUCUCUGCUGCUGACGGCCAUCUCCAGCGAGUCUGUCCAGGGGAAUGGGAGCAGCCUCGGCGGGGAGGACACACUGGCUUGGCCGGAGAUCCCCGGGCUCUGGAAGGAGGACUACAAGCCUUUCCAGGUAUCCAAGGAGGAUGUGGACCGGAAGCCGGUGGGCGGAACAAAGAUGGACAAGGACAUCCUGGCGCGGACGAUGCAACGGCUACGCAGUGGGGUGAUCCACAAACAGGUGGCAUCAGGGCGUGAGUUCAGAGGGUGCCCCUUCAACAGCAAGCCCAAGUUCAUCCACUUCAAGGACUUUGAUGUGGGCAAAGUGUACAAGAAGAAGAUCACGCUGAUCAACGCCACCUACACGAUUAACUACUGCAAGCUGGUGGGCGUGGACGAGGGCCUGCAGGACUUCAUCCACGUGGACUUUGACCCCCCAGGCCCACUAUCAGCCGGCAUGUCCUGCGAAGUGCUUGUCACCUUCAAGCCCAUGAUAAACAAAGAUCUGGAAGGAAAUGUCUCAUUUCUGGCUCAAACAGGCGGAUUUUCUGUUCCACUGAAAUGUUCAACAAAGAAAUGCUCUCUGUCCCUCGACAAGGAGCUCAUCGACUUUGGCAGCUACACAGUGGGUGAGACUGCAAUCCGGACCAUCACGCUGACCAACACUGGGGGCUUGGGCACCAGGUUCAGAUUUCUUCUGGCAUCAGAGACUUGUGAGAUGGACACCUCCCAGUCGGCCCUAAAAUUAAGUAGUAUCUUCACGUAUGAAGACAAAGGUUUUUAUGAUAAAUUCACCACCAGUUUUUCUGAGCAUCAGAUGGAGGGCAAUGAGUCAUCCCCUACAGAUGUACCAAGCCAGAAGGAGUCUGGAAAGCUGGACGUGAAGGAGCAGGAGGAGGGGCACCCCAUCGAGUCAGAGGGCGUGACCUUGACCACCAUCAUGACUAUACCUCCCAAUGAGGAACAGAUGGAGUUCUCGCUGGGAGAGACAACAGAGGGGGACAUAGGCCCCUUCAGCUCCAUCAAGGUGCCCGUCAUCUUCACCCCGAUUGUCCCGGGAACGGUCCAGAACAGUUUCAAGGUCGUGUUUAAGAAUCAGCAGUGCCCAACUUUAUAUUUCAAAGUCAUCGGCGUGGCUAUUGACGUGCCUGUCUGGGUGCUGAAGCCAAACGUGGACCUGAAGAUCUGCAUGUACGACCGGCUGUACCAGGACUCGAUCCUCGUCCACACACGGUCGAAGGCCGCCUUGCGCCUAAAGUUCGAGGUGUGCAAGGAGCUGCGAGGCCACAUGGAGCUCCUGCCUGAGACUGGCUACAUCCAGGCACUGUCGUCCUACUCAGUGCAGCUCAAGUUCCUGCCCAGACACUCCCUCCCAGAAGACGCAGGGAAGUAUUUUGACAAGGAGACCAGGGUUCUGGAGGCCCCGAUGACUAUCUGGGUGGCUGACCAGAUCAAACCCUUGGGGUUUACCGUCCAUGCUGUAGUCACCACCUCGGACCUGGAGCUCAGCCCCGCAGGGCUGGACUUUGGCUACUGUACCAUCUACGAGGCCAUCAGGACCCAAAUCAGCCUCUGCAAUCAUUCCCUCCUGCCCCAGGAGUUUGGGUUCGUCGGACUCCCCAAGUUUGUGGACAUCCAGCCCAACGACGGGUUCGGGACAAUCCUGCCACUGGAAACGCUACAGCUCGAUGUGAUCUUUCAGCCCACCAAGGCCAAGGAGUACAACUUCGAGCUCAUCUGCAAGUCAGAGAUUAACCGGUGCUUCAAGCUGGCAUGCCGGGCCGUGGGUGUCCACCCGCCCCUGGAGCUGUCCCACUACCAGAUCAAGUUUGCAGCCACCUCCUUGUACGACACAUCUGUGGCCACCCUGUACGUCAUCAACUCCCACCUGAGCAUGAACUCACUGACCCACUCCGUGCCCCGCAUUGGCUCGGAGGACGCUUUUCCUGUGGGGCCCACAUCUUUCGAGUUCCUGCUGCCCCCAGAUUCGCCCAUCACCAUCUCACCCUUGGUGGGCACUGUGUGGCCAGGAAAGAGGUGCCUGGUCCGAGUGGCCUUCCGGCCAGUUCUGCCCAGCGAGCUGAUCCACCAGGAGGCCUUCCAGGCCCUGAGCAGAAAAGCUGAGAUCAAAUCGUCCCAAAAGGAGACGGUCACCCAGAGGAAGGACCAGCGGAGACCAUCUUUCUCCAUGCUGCGGCUGCAGAACCAAGACCGGCUGCUCCAGGCCUCAGCCUCCCAGCCCCCGGAGGUGCAGAAGGAGGACCUCGCAUCCAGCUCUCAAGAGUACCAGUCGGCACAGGCCUCCCUGACCAGGUCUUUCCAGGGGAAGUUUGACAAGUUUGUGGUCCCCUGUGUUGUUGCUAGUGGUGACACCAAAGACCGGAAGGGGACAGAACCGCUGAGCUUCAGUCCCCACAACACGCUGUACCUGGAGCUGUGGUGUCCAGCGGUGGCACCAUCUAUCGUGGUGACGUCUGACAAAGGCAAGACCAUCAUUAACUUCGGCGACAUCGCUGCAGGACACCGGGGCAUAAAGAAGGUCUCCAUCCAGAACAUCUCCCCUGAGGAUCUCGACCUGGAGUACUCCGUGCUAAACCCCGAUGGCCCUUUCGUCCUGCUGAACCCUACCAUCAGGUUACCCUCCGGCGAGACCCAGGUCCUAGAUCUGUCCUUCUCCCCACGUGAGAGUGUCCUGGCCCAAGAAACACUGGACAUCAUCACCAAGAAAGGCACGCUCUCCCUGGCCCUCAUGGGCACAGGUGUGGCGUCCACAAUCACAUGCUCCAUUGAAGGUGAUGUCCUCAACAUGGGCUACGUGAUCGCCAGAGAGUCUGUCUCCUUGGGCUUCAAGCUGCAGAACAACUCCCUGCUGCCCAUCAAGUUCUCCAUGCAGCUGGACAGCCUCUCCUCCAGGAGCAGAGACCAGCACCGCCUGCCACAGUUCCUGGCCUCACCUGACCAGAGGACGGAAGUUGUGGGCACGCAGAACUACAGUGGCCAGAGUGUGUUCAGUGUGGUCCCGGUCGAGGGCAUCAUGGAGCCUGGCAAGGCUCAGGACUUCACUGUGACCUUCAGCCCAGACCACGAAAGCCUGUACUUCUCUGACCGGCUGCAGGUCGUGCUCUUUGAAAAGAAAGUGUCCCACCACAUCCUUCUGAAGGGCGCAGCCCGCGAGCACAUGAUGUUCGUGGAGGGCGGAGACCCCCUGGAUGUGCCUGUGGAGUCCCUGACCGUGAUCCCUGCCUUUGACCUGGAGCACAGAGAGGGUGAACCUCCGCCAGGCCCUCCCUCUCCAGAAGCUGAGGAGCUAAAGCCCAUCCUGGUGACCCUGGACUACGUGCAGCUGGACCCAGACACCCAGGCCCCACCUGCCACCCGAGAACUUCAGGUGGGCUGCAUCCGGACUACCCAGCUGUCCGCAAAGAAGACUGUUGAGUUCAGCAUGGACAACAUCGCAGCCCUGCAGCACAAGGGCUUCACCAUUGAGCCCUCCAAAGGCUCUGUAGAGCGCGGCCAGACCAAGGCCAUCAGCAUCUCCUGGACGCCACCCAUCGAUUUUGAUCCGGACCACCCACUCAUGGCAUCGGCCCUGCUGCAGCUCAGGGGGGAUGUGAAGGAGACCUACAAGGUCCUCUUUGUAGCCCAGGUGGUGACCGGCCCCUGAGGCCACAGGAGUCUCUCCACAGAGCCCCCUGAUCUUCCUGCCACCCUCGAAGCCCUCCCCUGGUCUGUGGAACAGGCCAAACCACCCAGGGGCCUGGGACCUGGGCAGUUUCAAAAGGGCAGCCUCCUGCAUGGCCCCCCAGGGCACUCCUGCUGUCCUGUCCCAGCCCCACGUCAGAACCAGCCAAGAGGCCAGUCCUGACCACAGCCUGCUCCCAGCCUGAGCCCUGAGGGUCCCCAGCCCUACCAGCACCCACCCAGCCUUUCAAGGUCCUCGUGGGUAACAGCUGCCACUGCAGACCUGUCAAUAAACCCCGUGUGAA